CGGUUUGAUCUGCCCAGCAGUACAAGUAAUGGCUGGAAUGGGGGCUUCAAUGGAAACUCCGGCUGACGUUCCGUCCCCGAAGUGCCCCGUGUGUGGCCAUAACUGUAGGGAGCCCAGCACGCUCAGGUGCGGGCACCGUUUCUGUAAAGACUGCAUCCAGGAGUUAUGGAGCUGCUCCCCGACGGGCCCCUACUACUGUCCGGAGUGCAGGGACGAGUACAGGAAGCUACCCGCGUUUGCGAUCGAGGACGAGGAUCCGCAGCGCAACGUUACAGAACGGCCAUUUGAAUCUUCAGCCUCUCCUGCCAGCUCAGCCACCCCCAGUGGCCCCACAGUGAUCUGCCAUUACUGCCCCGCCACUGCCAAGGGGCGACCCGCGGCCAUGACCUGCCUGGUGUGCGGGGCCUCCAUGUGUGUGGAGCAUCUCCAGCCGCACCUGGAGUCGCCCGUCUUCCAGAGCCACCCGCUGGUGGAACCUCUGGCGGACAUUUCCCAGUGGCGCUGCCAGGAGCACCAGGAGAUGAACAAAAUCUUCUGCCGUGAUUGCGGCACCUGCGUGUGCACCGUGUGCACCGUGAUCGGGGCCCACCGCGGCCAUACCUGCAUCGGUGUCUCUGAGGCGGAGAAGGAGCUGAGGGAGAAGUUGAAAAGUCAGCUGAAGAAAGCGCAGGAACAGGAGAUAGCAGUGCAAGACAUCGUUGAUUUGCUCACAGAGAAGAAGGAGGGUGUUCAGCUGCUUCUGGGCAGCACCAGAAGCAGGGUGCAGGAGCAGUACGCGGCCAUGCGAGAAGCUCUGGAGCUGGAGGAGCUGCAGGCCAUGCAGAGCUUGAACCGGGAGGAGAGCUGGGUGAUGGGCUGCAUCGGGCAUCAGCUGAGGCUCCAGACGGACCUCCUGAAGGGCGUUCAGCUUGCUGCGAGCAGACUGGAGAAGCUGAUGGAUGACAAGGAAAGGUCCCGCAUACAAGACCAGGCAUUCAUCACGGAGUACAACAAGAUAACAAAAAGCCUGAGCGGAGCCCCCGGCCCGGCAGAGGACUCCGAGCCUGACGGAGUGGACCGGCACCGGCUGCAGCAGUUACAGGGCUGGGCGGCGCAGAGGCUCGGCCAGGUGACCCUGUCGAUGCCCAACAGGGAUGCUCUGCGUCUGCUCUAUGGGACCAUUCCGUCUCUGAACCCAGAUACAGCUCAUCCGAAACUGGUGCUGUCUGAGAAGAACAGGACGGUGACGUACAGCGAGGAGCCGCAGCCGUACCCCGAACUCGCGGCCCGCUUUAGCGUCUUCCCGCAGGUGCUGGGCAGCCGGUGUCACGAAGCGGGCCGUGUGUACUGGGAGGUUGAGGUCUCCAGCGAGGGCCGCUGGAAGGUGGGAGUUUGCGAGGCCCUGAUCGAGCGGAAGGGAUCCGACAACAGCAGCCGACUGGGAUACAACCCCCACUCCUGGUGUCUGUUUGGGGAGCGGAAUAAGGUGGAGGUCCUGCACGACACGGAGGCCACCCCCCUCGGGGUCAGCACUCCCCAGAGGGUCGGGCUUUUCCUGGAUCUGGAAGCGGGCUCCCUGUCCUUCUACAGUGUCGCCGAGGGUGGUGACCUAACCCUACUGCACAGCUCCCAGCACUCGUUCACCCAGCCGCUCUACCCCGCGCUGGCGGUCUCCAAGACACAGCUCAGCUUCUGCAAUCUGUUCCAGCCGACUGAUGACGCCUAGAAGCCAAGGCUGCACUAAGGCAAAAACUGCGAAGCCGCGGCUGCAUUUUGUGUCACGCAAACUACAGAACAUUUGGAAAAGGGAUAUGAGGUGAAAUAAUUUUGAGGGCAAUACUGUGUUGUUUUUAAUCAUAAUCUUCAUGGUUCAUCAGCUAUACUAUUUCUGGAGGUAAAAAGCACAAGACAUAUGACUUAAUUACAUAAUUACGUAAAUCAUUUAUGUAAUUAUGUAAAUAAUAUAUGACAGAUUUGACUGAUUUUACAUAAUCCAUUUAGUAAGCAAGUCACAGUAAAUCUAUACUUUGAAGUUUUUUCAUACCUUUUUAGCUUUACACAUCAAAAAUGCUAAUUCAUCCAGUAAAUUUUUUUAGGGAUUUAAUUUCAUGUUGCUGAUCUUGAAUUAUUGCAAUAAUGAACUGGACUCCUUAUUUGCACUGAAUGAUCUGUUCCACGAGGUCAUGGUUUUCAUUAAAAACCUUUGAACUUCA